GAAGGUUGGCUUCAUCUUCUUUGGUGGCUUUCUAGUCAACAGUUGAAGAGGGGGAAGUUGAAAUGUCCCUAGUUGGUGGAUGUUCAUAAUAUAAAUUAGUUGAAUUGAUGCUGGAAAAGGUAGCUGAAUGAAGAUCAGUGUGUUGCAUAAUAACCGAAAUUAAAUGUUUGUGGGAAAUCUAACGCGAAGAGCGCCUCAAAAAAAGGUAUCUUGCAGCUGUGAGAUUUUCUCAGUAUGAUCAAUCACCUAUGGCUUAGAUAUACUUCUUCCAUACAUUUACUCGGAACUCAUGGUUGAAGUAAGUGAAGAAAAGUAUAUGGCUUUAAAUCAGAUCAAUUGGCAUUGUCAAGAAUUUACCUGAGAUGUUAAAAUGCCUUCAUAUUUGUUGUUUUAUGUUUGCUGUUAAUGGUACCGACUUCAUUGGGUGCAUUUGAUUCGAGUCAACCUAAUGGGGAUUGGGGUCAGAUGAUUGAAAUCUGCAGGACUGCAGAUUCUGCUGCCCAAGUUAUGCUGGACAGAGACACGGGCCGACCUCGUGGAUUUGGGUUUUUAACAUUUGCAGACCGCCGAGCAAUGGAGGAUGCAAUAAGAGAAAUGGAUGGUGCGGAGGUUGGUGAUAGGGUGAUAUCAGUGAACAAGGCCCAACCAAAGAUGGGAAGUGAGGAUCCUGACCAUGGCUAUGGUGGAGGUUACGUAUCAGGUGGCAGGGCGAGCUAUGGUGGGGGUAAUAGGUCAGUUGGGCAAGACACUUGCUUCAGCUGUGGUCGCCCUGGCCAUUGGGCUAGAGACUGCCCAUUGGAAGGAGGUGGCCGGGGUGCUCGACCACUAACACCCCCGAUUCGUUCUAGGUAUGGUGGCGCACGUGGGGAUAGGUUUGGAAGUGACUGUGAUAGGUACAUGGAUGACCGAUAUGAUAGAGGGAACCAUGCUGAUAGGGAGCGCUAUGACAGCAGAUAUGAGAGUCGUGAUCGAUACACUAGUGACAGGUACCCUCCUGGUGGUGAUCGCUUGGGCAACAGGUAUGGGGGUUCUGACCGCUACCCCCAGAAUGACUAUGGCAAAGAAAGAGGGUUUGACAGAGAUGUGGGUGACAGAUAUGAAGCUGGAGGGCCAGCACGAUAUGAGGGAAGAAACUACAGAGAUAGAGCAGGACCUUAUGAUCGCCCUCGAAGGGGAGGCGGGCAGCCUUCCUUUGACCGUUACUGAGAUGAAUAAGCACAUCCAUGUUGAAUUUUAGUUGAUCUCUGUAGUAGUAUAGUGGUACGGAGCACACUAGGAUAAAUGUAUGUCGCUCUGUUUGGAAGCAGUUAGUAGUGACUAUGCAUGAGUAUUGACAAGUAGAGUAAAUCAGUAGAGCUAUGUUUUUUCAGUGAAUAUUGUAUGCUUGAUAAAAGAGGGAGCUUCCUCUAUUGGAAUGCAUUAUGGUGUUUCCACUUAUAAUA